CCGGGCUAGCGGGCGGGGUGUGCGGCUCUGCUCCUGCGAGAGCAGCGGGGGCCGCGGAGCUGGAGCUGGAUCCCAAACCCAGGCCGGGGCGGGAGUCGGGGUCGGGGCCCGGCCGGAACGGGCUCCAACGGUAUGGGGUCGGCCGACUCCAAGCUGAAUUUCCGAAAGGCGGUGAUCCAGCUCACCACCAAGACGCAGCCCGUGGAAGCCACUGAUGACGCCUUUUGGGACCAAUUCUGGGCAAACACAGCCACCUCAGUACAGGAUGUCUUUGCACUGGUGCCGGCGGCAGAGAUCCGGGCCGUGCGGGAGGAGUCACCCUCCAACCUGGCCACUCUGUGCUACAAGGCUGUCGAGAAGCUGGUGCAGGGAGCCGAGAGCGGCUGCCAUUCGGAGAAGGAGAAGCAAAUUGUCCUGAACUGCAGCCGGCUUCUCACCCGAGUGCUGCCCUACAUCUUUGAGGACCCCGACUGGAGGGGCUUCUUCUGGUCUACAGUGCCCGGGGCAGGGCGUGGAGGGGGAGAGGACGACGACGAGAAUGCUCGCCCCCUGGCCGAGUCCCUGCUCCUGGCCGUCGCCGACUUGCUCUUCUGCCCAGAGUUCACUGUCCAGAGCCAUCGGAGGAGCACUGUGGACUCAGCGGAGGACAUCCACUCCCUAGAUAGCUGUGAAUACAUCUGGGAGGCUGGCGUGGGCUUCGCCCACUCUCCCCAGCCCAACUACAUCCACGACAUGAACCGGAUGGAGCUGCUUAAGCUGCUGCUGACGUGUUUCUCUGAGGCCAUGUACCUGCCCCCGGCUCCGGACAGUGGCAGCACCAACCCGUGGGUGCAGUUCUUUUGUUCCACGGAGAACAGACACGCCCUGCCCCUAUUCACCUCUCUCCUCAACACCGUGUGUGCCUAUGACCCUGUGGGCUACGGGAUCCCCUACAACCACCUGCUCUUCUCCGACUACCGGGAACCCCUGGUGGAGGAGGCUGUCCAGGUGCUCAUCGUCACCUUGGACCAUGACAGCGCCACCAGCACCAGCCCCACAGUGGAUGGCACCACCACAGGCACUGCCAUGGAUGAUGCUGACCCUCCAGGGCCCGAGAACCUGUUUGUGAACUACCUGUCCCGCAUCCACCGCGAGGAGGACUUCCAGUUCAUCCUCAAGGGCAUAGCCCGGCUGCUCUCCAACCCCCUGCUCCAGACCUACCUGCCCAACUCCACCAAGAAGAUCCAGUUCCACCAGGAGCUGCUAGUCCUUUUCUGGAAGCUCUGUGACUUCAACAAGAAAUUCCUCUUCUUUGUGCUGAAGAGCAGUGACGUGCUGGACAUCCUGGUCCCCAUCCUCUACUUCCUUAAUGAUGCUCGAGCAGAUCAGUCUCGGGUGGGCCUGAUGCACAUUGGUGUCUUCAUCCUGCUGCUUCUGAGCGGGGAGCGGAACUUUGGGGUGCGGCUGAACAAACCCUACUCAGUGCGCGUGCCAAUGGACAUCCCCGUCUUCACCGGUACCCAUGCCGACCUGCUCAUUGUGGUAUUCCACAAGAUCAUCACCAGCGGGCACCAGAGGCUGCAGCCCCUCUUCGAUUGUCUGCUCACCAUCGUGGUCAACGUGUCCCCCUACCUCAAGAGCCUUUCCAUGGUGGCUGCCAACAAGCUGCUGCACCUGCUGGAGGCCUUCUCCACCACCUGGUUCCUCUUCUCUGCCGCCCAGAACCACCAUCUGGUCUUUUUCCUCCUGGAGGUCUUCAACAACAUCAUUCAGUACCAGUUUGAUGGCAACUCCAACCUCGUGUACGCCAUCAUCCGGAAGCGCAGUGUCUUCCACCAGCUGGCCAACCUGCCCACUGACCCGCCCACCAUCCACAAGGCGCUGCAGCGCCGCCGCCGGGCGCCCGAGCCCUUGUCUCGCACUGGCUCGCAGGAGGGUGCCUCCAUGGAGGGCUCCCGCCCUGCUGCCCCCGCCGAGCCAGGCACGCUCAAGACCAGCCUGGUGGCUACCCCAGGCAUUGACAAGCUGACAGAGAAGUCCCAGGUGUCAGAGGACGGCACCUUGCGAUCUCUAGAGCCUGCGUCCCAGCAGAGCUCAGCAGAUGGCAGCCCAGCCAAGGAGGAACCUGGCCAGGUGUGGCGGGAGCAGCGACGACUGUCCAGCGCGUCAGCCACUGGGCAGUGGAGCCCAGCGCCGGAGUGGGUCCUCUCCUGGAAGUCGAAGCUGCCACUGCAGACCAUCAUGAGGCUGCUGCAGGUGCUGGUCCCCCAGGUGGAGAAGAUCUGCAUUGACAAGGGUCUGACGGAUGAGUCCGAGAUCCUGAGGUUCCUGCAGCAUGGCACCCUGGUGGGCUUGCUGCCCGUGCCCCAUCCCAUCCUCAUCCGCAAGUACCAGGCCAACUCUGGCACCGCCAUGUGGUUCCGCACCUACAUGUGGGGCGUCAUCUAUCUGAGGAAUGUGGACCCACCUGUCUGGUAUGACACCGACGUGAAGCUGUUUGAGAUCCAGCGGGUGUGAGGAUGGAGGAGCCGGCCAGGGACAGAGGCCGGGGAGGCCAGCGCCACCAUGCUGCCCCCGACCCACCGUCCGUUCUGAGCUUUAAAUUACUAUGGUCAGGGCUAGGGCUGGCAGUGGCCGAGUCCUGGGUGGCAGGCCCCAGAGGCCCCUUGCAGCUGGGACAGUGGGGACUGGCUUUGACUUUCCCCAAGGACGCCCCCACCCCCCUGGAGCCUCCCGUCUCCAGGGCUGCAGGCCUCAGCCAGAGCCCCCGUCUCACGCUGCUCCCCCUCCUUAUUUCUGUCUUGACCCUCAGUGCCCGCCCGGCUCCUGUGCUGCCCACCCCCAGAGGCCACCAGGUCACUGUGCCCUAAUGGGUUGCCCAAGAGGGAGCCCUGGGCUCUCCCGGCUCUCCCUUGAGUCACUUGGGCAGGAUGAGGGGAGCCUGCCCGAGCCUCCUAACCUGAAACCACCUGGUCCAGGCCUGGCUCCAUGCCAGGGCCUACGACAGGAAGGCGUGUGUCCAGGCUGCUUACGGAGGAGGCUGGGGGGUGGCUGACUGCAAAAGUCAGACUGGGGGACCCCAUGCCUUUAGGGGUUUGGAGUGGGGUGUGGAGGGUCUCCUGCUAUGUUCUCCCAGGUCAGUGGCUAUAGCCUGGCUCCCUGUUAUCCAGUUAUAGGGGCAAAGGGAACGAGGAGGGGUCAGCUGUGCAGUCCUCUCUGCCCUCACCCACUGCCUGGACGACUGGUAGUGGGGGGCCAGGAUGCCACCCCUGCACCCUCCCCCUCUGUCCUCCUGGUUCUGGCCUCGGGCUCUCCCUCAUCCCCCCGUGUCAGUACAAUCUUUGCUCUGUACAAUCGGCCUCUUUACACAAUAAACACUCAUCUCCAUGUCCUGGCUCUCUGUGCUUGGAGGGGAGGGUCAGGCCAUGGCGCGUGUCAUUAGGGGAGCUUGGCAUUCGGUCUCCCAGAGUCAAUCCUCAGAGGACCUCGAUGUCUGACUGGGAACCUGUGUUUGUCAUUUUCU